AUUUGCGCAAACUUUCACCCAGUACGCUUUCACAAACAAAAUUGAUGUGCAUUUGAAGGUGACUUAUCAGGCGACACCGCGGCCGUUAUCAAUUAUUUGUUUAUAGCUUUUCUAUCUUAUCACUUGAAAAUUGGUUGUCGCUUUUUUCGCGUUUUAAAUUUCCCACGCCUACAGCGCUCUCUGUUGUUUUAGUUUGUUCUAGUGAGAAGCAAAAACGACAUGGCUGAUAUUUUUAUACCAGUCAUUAAACUUUUUAAAUAAAUUUCAAUAACACAAUUUAUACGUAAAGUUCCGAGUGUCAUCUAAUAAAAUCGAUUAAAGAGGAAGCCAUAAGUAUUAUUCGUUAUCCUUAACAAUGUACAAAAUGUGUAGAAAAGUGCUAAACACUCGAUUUAAGUUUGGAGAUUUUUCUUAAAUGGCAGAGAACUGCAGUUUUUUGUGCCGAAUUUUUCGGUAAAAAUGUAAAUAAUUACAAUAAAAAAUGCGUGAGAUUAUUUAUUAAGUGAUAAUUUAAUUUACAAGUGCAUCCAAAAAAAAUGUGUAGGUCUGCCUUAAUUUUUAUUAUUGGAGUUUUUUGGCUGUGCCAAAAAUUUAAUGGAGUUAGAUCCUUAAAAUGUAGAUGCGAUAUAUGCCGAAAUACUAACUAUACGUGCGAAACCGACGGCUAUUGCUAUACGUCCACUCAGCAGGUUAAAAAUGGAGCAAUUCAACUUAAUUAUAGAUGUUUGGAUCAGAAAAAUAUUUAUUUCCAUCCCAGUAGUCAAAAUUCCGAUUAUUGCAAAGAGACUGUGGUUUUAUACGAACAUCACACGAUCGAAAAGCGAGCGUCAGAUUGCUGCGACGAUAGUGAUUAUUGUAACGAGAGGUUAGCUCUUUCAAUGUCGCUACCACCAGACAUGUCAUCGGCGACGACGACAAUGGGCACAUUGGAAAUUGCCGCCGUUAUUGUUGUGCCUACCGUAAUCAUUUGUGCAAUCGCCUUGGGUUUCUACUACUACUGGCAGCGGAAGUGCUCAACCCACCAUCACUUGGGCCUCGAGGAUAGCAUAGAAGCUCCCGACCAUCCAAUACUGAACGGAGUUAGCUUGAAGCACAUGAUAGAAAUGACUACGAGCGGUAGUGGUUCUGGUUUACCAUUGCUCGUUCAGCGUAGUAUAGCACGUCAAAUACAACUCGUCGAGAUAAUCGGGCAGGGAAGAUAUGGAGAAGUUUGGAGAGGUCGGUGGAGAGGCGAAAACGUAGCUGUUAAGAUUUUUAGUUCUAGAGAAGAGAGAUCUUGGUUUAGGGAGGCGGAAAUUUAUCAAACGGUCAUGCUGCGACAUGACAAUAUUUUGGGCUUCAUCGCCGCAGAUAAUAAAGACAAUGGUACGUGGACCCAGCUUUGGUUAAUUACGGAUUAUCACGAGUACGGGUCGCUUUUCGAUUACCUCGGUAGGAGUACUUUCGAUACCAGCGCCAUGAUACGCAUGGCGCUUUCUAUUGCUACGGGUCUUGCUCACUUACAUAUGGACAUAAUGGGAACUCAAGGAAAACCGGCGAUAGCGCAUCGUGAUUUAAAGUCAAAAAAUAUCUUAGUGAAGUCGAACGGUACGUGCGCUAUCGGUGACCUUGGCCUUGCUGUCCGACAUGAUGUUACCACAAAUAGUGUUGAUAUACCUCUUAAUAAUCGUGUAGGAACUAAAAGAUAUAUGGCUCCAGAGGUUUUGGACGAGAAAAUGAACACAGAACAGUUCGACUCGUUCAAAAGAGCCGACGUCUACGCGUUAGGUCUUAUAUUUUGGGAGAUCGCGCGCAGGUGUAACGUGGGAGGAAUAUAUGACGAGUAUCAGCUUCCAUUUUACGACGCCGUACCUUCAGAUCCCACCAUCGAAGAGAUGAGGAGGGUGGUUUGUGUAGAUCGACAGAGGCCUAAUAUACCAAAUAGAUGGCAAAGUUGCGAAGCUUUACAUGUGAUAUCAAAACUAAUGAAGGAGUGUUGGUAUCACAAUUCGAACGCGAGGCUAACAGCCUUGCGAAUUAAAAAGACUCUUGCAAAUUAUAGAGCGUCGGAAGAACUCAAAAUAUGAGAUUCAAUGUUAAAUUAGGAUUGUAGUGAUGAAGUGAUUCUUUAUAUUGUGUGGAUGAAUUGUGUAUGUGAUUUGUUAUGGACAUGUUAAAAUUUAUACAAUAUUUCUGUUGAACUGGUACCAAAUAUCAUUCAUGGUGAUUUUUUAUAUAUUCAUAAGUAUUACCCUGAAAAAGUCAGUUAUCUCACAAGAAAUACAAAAAACAGGUUUUAAACCACUGCCCUAUCCAUUCCAUAGUUUCAUAGGUUUUACCAUUACAGUAGCUUCCAUACAUAUUUUUACACAUGUAUAGUCUAAUAGUAUCUGAAAUUAUCGAUGUUGUGAUUCUGACUUCCUGAACUGUUUACGAUUAUAGUGCGCGUUUCUAAGGUGCGACCUUUUAUACCACAAUACAAUCUACUGCCCGAAUUGCCAAAGCAAUCAAGUCAAUUAUUUUACAUAAAUAUAUAAACUAUAACAGUGUAUAAUAAAUAGAUAAAGACAAUAUUUUAUAUCUGAACUUUUUUUUAUUACAUCACACCUUACGAAACGCCCAUUGUAAUCGGAAGAUAAUCAUUUGGUUUGUACAAAGUACUCAUAAUUUUACCGCUUUUAAUUCGUGAUUCAAUUCCUCGUUAAUUUAAGUUAUUUUUUUAACCAUUUCACCUCCCCGAAUUUACAAAUCUGCAGGUGAUAGUGCGCGCGUGUUUAUAUGUAUACAGUUUGCAGUUCCUAAAGUCUAUGUUUUUAUUUUGUUAAAUAAUUAUGUAAUAAGUGUUAUUCCUGAAAUCUUUGCAAGCAUUCAGCUUUAUUCCAUUAUUAAGAGUACAAGCAAAUACUGUAAUAAUAAUAAUUCUUUGUUUUGUUGAUUUGUUAUAUACAAUAUAUCUCAUAUACAAAUAGAUCUUGCACGAUUUUGGGAUUAAUGAGAAUGAAUGGUGUUUGUUGGACGACAAUGUAAUUAUUAUAUUUUGUAAUAUUGUAAGCCUAACGUUUUAGUUGUGCUACAAAAUAACAAUCGUAAUAUUUUGAAGGAAAUUAUUAUGUAAACGUACUAACCGUAUUAACUACGUAAUUUUUUGUUUGUCAAGGUAGUCUCUAUCUUUUCUAUUUGCGUAUAAAAUUAAUACAUUUGGUGCUGUAGAUUUAAUUAACAAUCUCUCCCAAUUUUAUCACGUUUGAUGGAUUAUCGCGAUAGUUUCGUAGUUAGUUUUUGUAAACCUGAGACUGAUUGAAUAGACUACAAAAUUAGGAAAAAAAAAGAAACGAACUAAAUCGAAUGCGAAAUUACAAACAAAAGAUUUCUGUAUGUUUUCCCACAAGUUAAUCAUUUUCAGUUUUGCCAUUGUCAGAGCUCUUUGCACUACUUCAUUUACUCAUAGCAUCCACAGUAGGAGAUGGAACGUUUGACAAUGCUAUGGCAAUAAAUUUAUUGACGCCAUAGUAUUACAAAUACCGUAACUCGAUUACCUACCUUAUAUGUAAUAGUUCUUUAGAUGGUUAAAAACAUAUUUUGUCAAUAUGUAUAUAAUAUUAUAUAUACAGAUGUAAUCCACAAAAUAAUGGUUAACCAUUAAAUGGUAAUAUAUUUUCAAGAACAGUAGUGCUGUUUGCAAGGUACAAAUACAUGUCAGAGUUUUAUACAGAAUAAAAUUGUUAUCAAGUUCUGCUAAUCGAAACUGUGCGAUCGUGUUUAUAUUUUAAGACAGUCAAAGUGAUAUUGAUUUAUAUUAUUAAUUUAUAUUCUUCUUGUGUUAUCUUUUGCAUUUUAUUCAUACAUAUAAUUUUACGAAAUGUUGUACCUUUGAGAUUUUUACUUUCUCUAUAAAUGCGAUCAACACAAUUUUUGCGGUAGAAAUAUAGAGAUUAAGGUACACGCGUAAGUAAAAUGUAAAUUACAAAAAACAAUUUUUACUUUAUUAGAGUACAAUGUUUGGCACGAAAAAUUUAAUGUUCCCAAAGGUACUGUAAUCUCUAUAGUAGUUUAAAAAUUCCUCAGGAUUAAUGUACACACAAAAAUGCAAUAGUUAUCUUUACUCAACAAUAUCUAGUGGUAGAUUUUUUUUUGUUAAAAGCAAAUGCUUUUUAGAAUGCGAGUGUAUUUUAUUUUUGAAAUAGUUAUUCUAUUUACCGGUUGUAAAAUACAGAAGUUAUAUAUUUAUAGUAUAUUUUUCAUGCUAAAAUCACGGUAAUAAGUAAGCUGUGUAUGAAAAUGGAGUUAUAUUGAAAGCAUUUGCCUUUAUGAUUUUUAUAACCAUUUCAAAUGUACAGAGAUGUUUUGUGGCUUAGAACGCAAGUAUAUACCAUUUGUAAACGUAUUUAAAAUUACAUAAAUAAACCCGUAAAACUACA